AACUCGCUUUUUACACUUUUCAACGUUUUCAGACAAUGAGACGACGCUACACGUCUCUCUCUCUCUCUCUCUCCCCCCGAUGGUGAGUUUUUGAUGGAGUGAUCAGUGGUUUGAUUGGAGCGGAAAACUGGCAUCUUAUGGGGUUUGGUGUGUAAGAAGCUCUCUUCCGACUUCCGAGAGUCUCUUCUCUGUCGUUCACAUAUCGAAACCUUUGCCAAAAUUGACCAGAAGCCAUCUAUGAUCUGAAGCUUUGUUCAAUGGCUGUUGUCAGAACAGAAGAAGCCUCCUCUUCCACAUCUAGGUGUACUUACCAUGCAUUCUUGAGUUUCAGGGGCAAAGACACCCGCAAGACCUUUACUGAUCACCUGUACACAGCUUUGUGGAAUGCAGGAAUUCACACAUUCAGAGAUGAUGAUGAACUUGAGAGAGGAGAGGAUAUCGAGUUGGAACUACAAAAAGCAAUUCAAGAAUCGAGGAUUUCAAUAAUUGUCUUCUCAAUCAACUAUGCUUCUUCGUCAUGGUGCCUUGAUGAACUUGUGAUAAUUCUCCGACGCAAGAACACUGCUGGACAUAAAGUUUUGCCUGUCUUCUACAAUGUUAAACCAUCCCAAGUGAGGGACCAAACAGGGAGCUUUGCGAAAGCAUUUGAUAGUCAUGAAGAACAACUCACACAGGAGACAGACGAAAGAAGAAAGGCACAGAUGGAAAAGGUGGAGGGGUGGAGGGCUGCUCUUAGAGAAGUUGCGAAUUUGAGUGGGAUGGUCUUAGAAAAUCAAGCAAACGGUCACGAGGCGAAGUUCAUUGAGGAGAUAAUUGAGGAGACAGAAAAUAAACUGAAGCGCACACUCUUAAGUGUUGCUCUAUACCCAAUUGGAACAGAAUCUCGAGUCCAAAACAUUAAUUCGUGGUUACAGGAUGGGUCUACAGAUGUUGGCAUUGGGGUGAUAAGUGGAAUGGGCGGAAUAGGAAAGACGACCACUGCGAAAGUUGCUUAUAACUUAAACUAUGAACGGUUCAAAUAUAGUUGCUUCCUUGCAAACAUUAGAGAAAUUUCACAACAACCCAAUGGUCUGGUUCAUUUACAAAGACAACUACUUUCUGAUAUUUCAAUUGGUAAGAGGGAAAAGAAAUAUAACAUUGAUGAAGUCGUCAUGAUAAUUAAAGAUGCGAUAAGCUGUAAAAAAAUUCUUCUUGUAUUGGAUGACGUGGAUGAAGAGGAACAGCUAAAUGCAUUAAUUGGAAAAUGGGAUUGGUUUUACUCAGGGAGUAAAAUUAUAAUUACAACCAGGCGGGAGCAAUUGUUAAAGGCUCAUGUAGUGCAUCAGAAGUACAAAAUAAAGGAAUUGGAUGAUGAUGAGUCACUCCAGCUCUUCAGUUGGCAUGCCUUUGGACAAGACCAUCCUUCAGAAGAUCACAUGGAUCACUCAAAACGUGUAAUACGCCACUGUGCAGGCCUGCCUUUAGCUCUUGAAGUUAUGGGUUCUUCUCUAUGUAGCAGAAGUGUGGAGGUAUGGAGAAGUGCAUUGGAGAAGUUGGAAGCAACUCUCCAUGAUAAGAUUCAGAAAACACUUGAGAUAAGCUACAAGUCUUUACCUGAUGAUCAUGACAAGAAUUUAUUCCUUCAUGUUGCAUCUUCCUUUGUUGGAGCGGAUGUAGAUGAUGUGGUCAAAAUCCUAGAAGAAGACUACACUGCAAUUGGUAUUCAAAACCUGAGGGAUAGAAGUCUCAUAACAGUUGAUGAUGACAAUAAGCUGAUGAUGCAUCAACUGCUUCAAGAAAUGGCAAGGACAAUUGCACGUCGAGAGUCAUCCGAAGAGCCUGGGAAACAUGGGGGAGCAUGGAAUCAUAAGAAUUCUUCUACUGUGUCAGCAGAGAAAACUGGUACAGAAAUAGUUGAUGGACUGGUUCCAAGUACACGUAUGUUGGAGAAAGACAAGUCUGUCUGCAAAGCAUCGCGUGUUGGUAGAGCAAAACGACAGCAUUCAGGAGAUUCAUCGGACGAAUCCAUGGUGUCAUACCAGGGCAAGCCGUUAAAAAGGCCCCUUAAUAGCAUCUUCUCCUGGCUUGCAAUAACCAGUGGCUUUGCAAAAUUGUUUCCUGGAAAGAAGAGUUAGACCCGAAAACGGAUGCAUUUGCAAUGAAUGCCUACUAACUGGAGCCUGUAGAUGACUUCUGUGCUUGACUCUAUGCAUUGUGUGUGAAUAUUGGCUUACAUUUGUGUAUACAUUGGGAUCAUUUUAUCAAUUUUUUUUUAAUAAAAUACAUGUUCUUUUUGUUUAUACUCUUACCAUUCCAUAAGAUUAUAGAAAAACCAUAGUUAUAAAACGUGAAAUG